GGUUUUUGGCGAGGUUGGGGGGGCGUGGAGAAAGAUCAUCAUAAGUGUCAUCCAGCGAGAGGUUCAGAAAUUGUCAUUUCAAAAACCCAUUUUGGAAUCGGCAAGUGAACCCACUCUCAGAUUCUAGUUCUCUUUGUUUUUUUGUUUUCCUCUCUGUUUCGUCUCUGUUUCGACUCUGUAGAAAACAAGCUCCUUCUAUCUUGGAGUUUGCUCUUCUUCUCUCAUUUUCGCCAUCUGGGGUCUGUUUUACUUCGCCAUUUUUUAUUGUCGCCUGUACUUUUUUGGUCAUACGUACACGGAUCUUUGUCAAUUUGCAGAGAAAUCAAACUAUAUACACACACACACACACACACAUACACAAACACACAUACAAAGGUUUACAGGAUAUAUUUUGGUAUAGCCGUGUUUUGAAGGGAAUAAAAAAUGGUUGCAUUCUUGUCAGCUUGGCCAUGGGACAACUUGGGAAUCUUCAAGUAUCUGCUACUUGGACCUUUGUUUGCAAAAGCAUUUUAUCCAAUAAUUCAAGAGGAGACGCUGAAAUUUACCUGGUGUCUGCAUAUUUUACUAAUAGGAUUUGUUAGAGCUUAUGUUUACCAGCUAUGGACGGUUUUCGCUAACAUGCUUUUCCUAACAAGAAAUAGACGGAUUGUUCAACAAGGUGUUGAUUUCAAGCAGAUUGAUAAAGAAUGGGACUGGGAUAAUUUCUUAAUUCUUCAUUCUCUUAUCGGAUCCUUGGCCUGCUAUCUCUUCCCAUUUCAUGAAAAUCUUCCCCUAUGGAAUACAAAAGGCUUUGUCAUAGUUCUGAUACUCCAUAUCGGAGUUUCAGAGCCUCUAUAUUAUUGGGUUCAUAGAGGUUUCCAUUCAAACUAUUUUUUUACCCAUUACCAUUCCCUCCACCAUUCUUCUCCGGUACCCCAGGCUUUUACAGCUGGAAAUGCAACAUUCUUGGAGCAUCUGAUUUUGAGCAUAAUUAUUGGAAUUCCUAUACUUGGGGCUUGUGCGGUUGGAUAUGGAUCAAUAAGCUUGUUCUAUGGCUAUCUUUUUAUUUUUGAUUCUCUCAGAUGCCUGGGGCAUUCCAAUCUUGAAGUUGUUCCACAUAAGAUGUUCGAGAAAUUUCCAUUUCUCAGAUAUCUAGUAUAUACUCCAACAUACCAUAGCCUACACCGCUCUGAAAUGGGCACCAAUUUUUGCCUUUUUAUGCCUCUCUUUGAUGCAAUUGGGAAGACCCUGAACAGCAGGUCCUGGGAAUUACACAAGAUGAUGAGUUUAAAUGCAGGUAAAAACAGCAGGGUACCGGAUUUCGUGUUCCUAGCCCACGUUGUGGAUGUAUCGUCAGCAAUGCAUGCGCCAUUUGUUUUCCGAUCAUUUUCCUCAACGCCAUACACAAUGAGGCUCUUUUUGGUGCCCCUUUGGCCAAUUACUUUUAUGGUUAUGCUAGCAAUGUGGGCUUGGUCUAAAGCUUUUCUAUUCUCCUCUUACGACAUCAGAGGCAGGUUGCAUCAGACAUGGGUGGUGCCUCGAUUUGGCUUUCAGUAUUUCUUACCAUUUGCUACAGACGGCAUCAAUAUGCAUAUAGAGAAUGCCAUCCUUAGAGCUGAUAAGAUGGGAGUUAAGGUUCUUAGCCUUGCUGCAUUAAAUAAGAAUGAAGCCCUGAAUGGCGGUGGAACACUCUUCGUGAACAAGCACCCGAAUCUCAAUGUUCGAGUUGUCCAUGGAAACACUUUAACCGCUGCGGUGAUUCUAAAUGAGAUCCCAAAGGAUGUUACAGAGGUGUUUUUAUCAGGAGCUACUUCCAAGCUUGGAAGAGCUAUUGCACUCUACCUUUGCAGAAGAAAAGUCAGGGUCCUGAUGCUGACUCUGUCAACAGAAAGAUUUCAAAAGAUUCAGAAGGAAGCUCCAGCAGAUUGUCAAAGUUAUCUAGUCCAAGUCACAAAGUAUCAAGCAGCCAAAAAUUGUAAGACAUGGAUAGUCGGCAAAUGGAUCACACCAAGAGAGCAAAGGUGGGCUCCUAGUGGAACCCAUUUUCAUCAAUUUGUAGUACCCCCUGUCCUGCCUUUCAGAAGAGAUUGCACUUAUGGUGACCUUGCGGCCAUGAGAUUACCAGAAGAUGUCCAAGGGCUUGGAAGUUGCGAGUACACAAUGGAGAGAGGAGUAGUACAUGCAUGCCAUGCAGGUGGAGUGGUUCAUGCACUAGAAGGCUGGACACACCAUGAAGUUGGGGCUAUUGAUGUAGACAGAAUUGACCUUGUAUGGAAUGCUGCUUUGAAACAUGGUUUAAAGCCAGUAUCAUCAGGAAAAACUGAUUAAUUGUAAAAUAUAUGAGGAAAAAAGAAAA